AGCUGUGUGCAGGGUGGCGAUAGUCCUCGUCGUCCCGCGCGAUGAUGGCGGCGGAUCCUCUUUGGGGGCAGGUGGGGGCAAAACCCGACCGGAGUGAAACACCUGGAUGACUUCCUGCCAGCAGCAUGAGAUUUCAGUCUUGUUCAGUCUUCGCUAUGAAGAACAACACUUAAACGUUAAAUCGGAACAAAUUUUUUUUUUUUUCUAUACUUUCUUCGUCAAAAAAAAAAAAAAAACAAGGGAAGAGAAAAUAUAAAAAAUUAAUUUUCCCCAAAAAAAUUAAUUCACAAAAUUUGCCAAAAAAAAAAAGAAUUUCUCUUACAAUGUUGGACGAUCCGAAAGUGAUCGUCUCGGGAUGACCGUUUAUCGGUCAAGUGUUUUUCGAAUAAAAAAGAGGAAGAGACAAUUAAUUUUGACAAAUUACUGAAGAAUAAAGUGCGCGGGUGAUUGGAAGGACGUGUGAAGUCCCGGGGUUUAUUUGUUUUGUGCUAUAAAUUAUUUGAGUGUUCGCCAAUAGUAUAAUGGGUUUACAAGGAAUCAGGACUCUGAGUUUUAUUCUCCUUCUUCAUCUCACAGUUCGAGGUGCACUAGGAGGUCAAUGUGGAUAUCCAGGAGCACCAGCACACAGUAGUAUUCGGUUUUCAUUUGCCGAUAUUGACGAUGCAAUUGAUGAAGAGGAAAUUUCAUUAAGGGAUUAUUAUCAAACGAGUACAAUAGCAACGUAUUAUUGUGAUAGGGGAUUUGAACUUCUUGGACCAGCUAGAAGACAAUGCCAGGCCGAUGGAACCUGGACACCGGAAGGCGUGCCAUUUUGCGUUCUGAAUGUUGCUGGUGGAAAAGCGCCGAUGCAGUCGAGCAGUGCGGACGGCGGAAUUCCACAGCGUGCCGUGGAUGGAAGUAGCGGGCAAAUUUAUUCACCUCAAACUUGUACAUUGACAAGGGCCGAGCCAAGGCCCUGGUGGUAUGUCAAUCUUCUCGAGCCUUAUAUGGUUCAAUUGGUGCGACUCGACUUUGGCAAAUCUUGUUGCGGUGACGGUGUUCCUGGCACCAUUGUCGUAAGGGUCGGUAACAAUCGACCGGACCUCGGGACAAAUCCAAUUUGCAAUCGUUACACAGGACCCUUGGAAGGUGGUCAACCAUUAUUUUUGCCAUGUAAUCCACCCAUGCCAGGUGCUUUUGUUUCUGUUCAUCUCGAAGCUGCCUCUCAAAAUCAAAUUCCCGUUCAACUUUCACUCUGUGAAGCUUUCGUCUACACUGAUCAGGCCCUGCCAAUAGAGAGGUGUCCACAGUUUAGAGACCAACCACCGGGAUCGACUGCAACUUAUAAUGGAAAAUGCUACGUUUUCUAUAAUCGACAGCCAUUGAAUUUUAGAGACGCUUUGGCAUUUUGUCGAUCUAGAGGUGGCACUCUUGUCGAUGAGAGUAAUCCUGCUCUUCAAGGAUUCAUAUCCUGGGAGCUUUGGAGACGUCACAGAAGCGACACGUCGAGUCAAUAUUGGAUGGGCGCAGUGAGAGAUAAAAAGGACAGAACCACAUGGCGAUGGACCGGAAAUGGAGAAGAAAUCUCAGUGUCAUUCUGGAGUUUGCCCCAAGGCAGCGAGGAGGAUUGCGCUCGUUAUGACGGAAGUCGAGGCUGGUUAUGGUCAGACACACCGUGCACAGCGAGAUUAAACUUCAUUUGCCAGCAUCAACCAAAGGCUUGCGGGAGACCGGAACAGCCACCGAAUUCGACAAUGUCAGUGACAAAUCCAUCAGCAAAGUCUGUCGUCAGUGCAUAUGAAGUGGGAGCUGCUGUGGAAUACACUUGCAAUGCAGGAAGUCUCCUCAUUGGUCCAACGACCCGCACUUGUCUCGACACUGGAUUUUACAAUGAAUUCCCACCCGUUUGCAAAAAUAUCGAAUGCGGUUUUCCAGCAAGUAUCGUUCAUGGAGAAUACAAUUUAAUCAACAAUACUGUCAGCUACUUGAGUCAAGUUCUCUACAGUUGUGAUGAAGGCUACGAAAUGACUGGUCGAGCGAGACUAACCUGUGACAUUGAUGAGAGAUGGAAUGGACCACCGCCACGCUGUGAGCCAAUUCGUUGUGAUCCACCGACUGUUGUGCCACACAGUCAUUUCCAGGUGGACGAAAUUUCGAGCGAGGAAUCUGAAAGCAAAAAUAAUAAUCGCAGUUUAAUUGUCGGCAGUAUUGUUAUUUACACGUGUGACAAGGGCUAUCGACUCAAUGGUCAUCGGCAAAUUCUCUGUCUCGCUUCCGGUUCCUACGAUCAUCCCCCACCCUCUUGUAUUGACGAUUCGACAAUUUCUCCGGCACCACCGCGAGCAACUCACAGACCAUCGUCGAGUACAAGAGGAAGACCCUUCAUUCCCACGCGAUUCAGAUCAUCAUCACCAUCGUCGUCGUCGUCGUCAUCGUCAUCAACAACAUCAUCGACAACAAGCAGUACUCUGAGUUCGAUACCAACGAGAAAAUCGUCAUUCGCACACGCCGAGCAACCGGCAACUGUUCGCGAAACAAUUCAGAGGAAAUCGUCGAUAGGCCUGCAGAAGCCAGUGACGACGCAGCAUGUCAACGAUGGCAGCAAAGAUCAUCCACAGGAUAAUGAAAUUUCGGGAAGUGGCGUUGAUAAUAGAGAGACGUCCCUUGAUUCGGGUGUUCCUGAACCUUCGGGACCUUAUCGAGUUAAUAACGAGCAGCCAACGCAUCAAGCGAAAUUGCAUCUUGGCGCUGUUAUUGCAUUGGGCGUAUUUGGAGGAUUUGUUUUUCUAGCCGCUGUCAUUACGACUAUUGUCAUUCUUAUUCGCAGGAAUCGUGGACGGGGAGGUAAUAAACAUUAUCGUCAUCGAGCAUCGCCUGAUUGCAAUACUGUGGCCAGUUUCGAUAGCAGCUCAUCGGAGAGUCGUGGCGGUUUAACGAGAUAUUAUCGUCAGGCAUGGGAGAAUCUUCAUGAGACAGCUGGUCAUAAGGCGAAUCACGCUCCUCUUCGUCGUAAGGAGACCCUGGAUGAACCAGGAUAUAGAGAAAAUUUUCGUGGAAGCAAUACAGAGCGUGACGGUUCCGAACUUGUCGUCAGUGACGUUGCCGCUUAUCCGGCGAGUAAACAAGCCAGCAUGUCAGACAAAAAGCGUCAUCAUCAUCACCAUCAUCAUCAUCACGGCACGCCUGAAUGGAGACAAUCUCAAACACAUCAUAGAUAUUAAGUUCAAUUAUUAUUUUCAUUUUUCUACAAAUAAUUUCAAUUACUUUUUUUUUCAUUCUCUCAAAUUUUUUAU